AUGGAAGAUGAACGAACUUUCAAUCCGGUUCCAGAUAACACCAACCAAGGAGUUGUAAGAUAUCUAAGAGAUGCCCCUCCCGCUCAUUACUCGCUUAAAGUUGAAUCUUUCUCAAAGCUUGUUGACGGAGGGGAUGAAAAAUAUGAAUCUGCUACGUUUGAUGCUAACGGUUACACAUGGCGGUUAGUUUUAUACCCGAAUGGAAACGCAAGAAGAGGUGGUGGAGGACAUAUAUCGCUUUACUUAGUAAUAGAGGAGACAGACUCACUUCCUCUUGGUUGGGAGGCUUAUGUAACUUAUAAGAUGUUUGUUUUUGAUCGCAACAAGGAUCAGUACUUGACAAUCCAAGAUGACCCUGUGCAUCAAAUUCGCCGGUUUCAUCAGGCAAAGAAAGAAAGGGGUUUUGACAGAUUGAUAUCAUUAGAGACUUUCAAUGAUGCAACAAAUGGUUAUCUGAUUGAUGAUUCUUGUAUAUUUGGUGUCGAAGUAUUUGAAGUUAAAAAUACUGGAAUUGGUGAGACUAUAAAAAUAAUUGACGAUCCUGUCGAAGCCACUUUCGAUUGGAAAAUCUGUGAGUUCUCCGGAAUUCGCCGAGAGAAAGUUCACCCGCAAAGCCUUGCGUCAGAGAAAUUCACAUGUGGCGAAAGCAAGUGUUUACUUCUUUAUCCCAAUGGGGAUUCCAGAAUCAAAGAUCACAUGUCUUUGUUUUUACGAUUGGUUGAGAGUCCUCCAUCUUGGAAGAAAGUGUUUGCAGAGUUCUCCUUGCUGUGGAAGAAUCAAAUAUUCAGUUGGGAUCGUCAAAGCACAAGUGAAAAAAGAUGGUUCAUCAGGACUAAUCCCACGAAUCACUUUAGUACCUGGGGUGUGAUAAGUUUCAUGUCGUUGAGUGAACUUGCACGAGAAGGGAACGGCUUCAUAGUGGAUGACACCAUAGAGCUACAAGCGAAGGUUAAGAUUAUGACAGAAGUCUCUAGUUUCUCUUAG